GGUUUUCAUUUUGCCUCUGCAGAUCCAAGCUGUCUCUCUCUCUCUUCUUUCUCUCUCUAAAGAUUUAAUAAAAUCAAUCAAAAUCUACAAACCACUCUCUCUGUACAUCAUCAUCAUUUAUCAUUAUCAUCAUCAUUAUUUCCAUCAAAUAGGAAAGGGAAAUAAAUUUGCAUCUCAUUUUGUGUAUUUUUCCAUUUUUUUUCAACUUUCUUCUGAAGACUUCUCUGUUUUUGUAUUCCGAUUAUAGCAGGCACGUUGAGAUUCUUUUUUUUUUUUUAGUGUUUUUUUUUGGGUUUGUGUAGUUUACGUUUGUGUUUUUUAUGUUUUGGGAAGAAAGUAUUUGUUUUUUUUUUUGAAUUUUGUGUCGAGUUUUCGUCUUUGAGAAUCUUGAUCGAACAUCAGCUGUUGUGUUUUGUAAUUUAGGUGUCUGUACUUGGUGAAUUUAGGGUUUGGAGAUUAGAAAUUUGAAAAAAGAAAGUCAAAGGCUUUUUGAGGGUUUUUGAAGUUUGAUUUUCUCGGGGAAUGCUAUACCUGAAGCAACCUUUGGUGGCGGUGAUGGGGUUUAAAAGUUUGGAGAGAGAGUAAAAAGAAUUGUGGAUUAAAAUUGAAUGCCAGAGUGAUUGAUUCCCGAGCCCGAGGCUCGGGGAUCGCGAAGAAUAAUACAAAGCAAUGGCAGAUGUGUUAGAAAAUGUGCAGGAGCAGCAGCAUGAAGUACAGGCCGCUUCUCCACUUUGUCCUCCUUUGCAGCCUCCUGAAGGGUUUAUGCAGAAAUUCAGACUCUAUGAGACUCGAUCGAAAUUUUAUAUGGUAGGAAGAGACAAAAGUAGAACAUAUUGGAAGAUUCUGAAAAUUGACAGGUUGGAACCCUCGGAGCUCAACAUUCGUGAAGAUUCUACCACAUAUACUGAAAGGGAGUGCUCUGACCUACUGAGAAGGAUACAUGAAGGAAACAGAGCAACAGGAGGACUUAAAUUUGUUACUACUUGUUAUGGCAUUGUUGGAUUCAUUAAAUUUCUUGGGCCUUACUACAUGUUGCUCAUUACCAAAAGGAGGCAGAUUGGUGCAAUCUGCGGUCAUAAUGUCUAUGCUAUCUCCAAAACUGAGAUAAUUCCGCUGCCAAAUCCAGCUGUUAGAUCCACCAUGAUUAACUAUAAGAACGAGAACAGAUACAAGAAGCUUUUGUGCAUGGUGGAUCUUACAAAGGACUUCUACUUUAGUUACUCCUAUAACGUGAUGAGGAGUCUCCAGAAGAACAUGUGUGACAAAGAGACCGGGCAAGUCUUAUAUGAAACUAUGUUUGUCUGGAACGAGUUUCUUACUCGUGGAGUACGAAAUAUUCUUCAGAAUACAAUAUGGACUGUUGCAUUGGUCUAUGGGUUUUUUAAGCAGGCUACAGUUUCUAUAUCAGGGAGGGAUCUCAAGUUGACUCUAAUUGCUAGGCGCUCGCGGCAUUAUGCUGGUACCAGAUAUCUAAAACGAGGUGUCAACGAGAAGGGCCGAGUUGCAAAUGAUGUUGAGACUGAGCAAAUUUUAGCUGAGGAUGUUCCUGAAGGUCUGUCGAUGCAAAUUAGUUCUGUGGUCCAAAAUCGUGGCUCCAUACCAUUGUUCUGGUCACAGGAAACGUCCCGCCUAAAUCUUAAGCCGGAUAUUAUAUUGUCGAAGAGGGACCAAUCGUAUGAGGCUACCAGACUUCAUUUUGAAAAUCUUGUCAAGAGAUAUGGGAACCCCAUCAUUAUUCUGAAUUUGAUUAAGACAAAUGAAAAGAAGCCCCGAGAAUCCAUUCUUCGGGCAGAGUUUGCUAAUGCUAUUGAAGUCAUCAAUAAAGAUCUAUCUGAAGAGAACCGGCUUAAAUUUCUUCACUGGGAUUUGAAUAAACAUUCUCGGAGCAAAGCUACAAACGUUUUACUACUUUUGGGAAAGGUGGCCGCAUAUGCUUUGAUGCUGACAGGUUUUUUCUAUUGUCAAGCCACACCACAGAUGGUACCGGAAGGGCAUCUUAACUGGCCUACAUUUGAGAAUUUUGCUGCUCCUGGCACAUAUUCUCACACUGAUAUGGAAAGGCACAAUGAGGAUGAGAACGAGGAUUCAGAUAACUCCGACAGAAAAUCUAGUGGAAGCAAUAGCAUGGCGAACAGUAAUCCUUCUGUCAGGCCACCAAUGAUCCAAAAGGGAGUGCUUCGGACUAAUUGCAUAGAUUGCCUGGAUCGCACUAAUGUGGCACAAUAUGCAUAUGGGCUGGCUGCUUUGGGGCAUCAGCUGCGUGCAUUAGGAGUAACAACCUCAACAAAGCUUGAGCUUGACGAUCCUUUGGCUGAAGAAUUGAUGGGAUUUUACGAGAGAAUGGGUGAUACUCUUGCACACCAAUACGGUGGGUCAGCUGCCCACAACAAGAUUUUUUCUCAGAGAAGAGGUCAGUGGAAAGCAGCAACACAGUCUCAGGAAUUUUUUCGUACUCUACAAAGAUAUUACAGCAAUGCAUACAUGGACGCGGAGAAACAAAAUGCCAUUAACGUAUUUUUGGGGCACUUUCAACCUCAACCAGAUAAACCUGAUGUGUGGGAGCUUGAUUCUGACCAGCAUUACAAUGUCCGAAGGAACGGAGAACCAAAUAUUGAUAAAGAUGGAAGGUCACUUUUCAGAAGAUCAUGGUCGGAUGGGAACAUUCUUCGUGAACGUCGUUCUCCCACAUCUACGCCAGAUAUCAAUAAAGGUUUCCCUAGUGCGAAUUUCUCCAACGAUUCAGGAGGAAGCAAAAUGCAUUCUGAGUCAACACCAGAAAUGUCUACUCCCACAAGCGAGUUAGCAUAUUCAAGAUAUACUUCUUCAAUGCCUGCUAGGGAGCUAUUUGCUGAAAUACAACAAAGAGACCUUGAGCAUGAAAAUGGGGAUGUAAUUGACUGUUCAAACUUUGUUGACUUAGAUUGGCUUUCUUCCUCUGGAAAUUCUUGCGAGGAGGAGUUGUUGGAAAGGACACUGCUGACAGUCUCUCCAACUGCUAUGCUGUCAUCAGAAAAUGUCGUCAAUGAACUGGUUGGGGAAACAACUCCAUCCACCAGUGAAUGUGGGUCUAGCAUGAGGGAAAUGGAAAACACUGGAACCAACACAUGCUAUGGCGAAAUCCGUAAUUAUGAAGUUCUUGAAGAUUUCUCAGAUAGUUUUGUGCGCUGGGUAACCUAUGGAGAAACACUCUGCCAUUGAGGUGGUUAGAUUUGUCCCAAGCACUUUUAGCUGUAGGCUCAAGAUCCUCUUGUGGUGCCCAUCCAUAGAGGAGGGAUGUUAGUUCAAGGGAGAUGUUGUCAAUGAGGAGAAAGAAAAAUGUACCAGCAUUCUGGUCCAAAAGUCAUGUGGAGCAUCGCCCUCCUAUUCUGCUAUGUGGUUUGCAACAGUUCGAUCGUGGAAACCUUGGUCGGACCCUGAUAACGUAGUUUUAAAGAGUAAAUAGACUACAGUUUUAAGAUUCUUUCUCGAGCUCUUUUUCCUUUUCCCCCCUCAUUUCUUUUGUUUGUUUUUUCUUUUUCCUGUGUUGAUAUUUAGUCCUUUUUCGUCUGUCUACUAGUAAAUGGAUGCCAGUGGGUCCUAUAUGUGUAUAUAUAAACAAGUCCAGGAGCUCCACGUUUGUAGCCCUAGGCCAUUGAUUCUUUUACAUUUAUUUGUGGUUUUAACUUCCUGAAACAAUUCAGAUUGCCAAUAAGUUUAUGAACGUGACACUGUCAUUUCUGUCACAA